AAAUAGAGCUAAAUGGAUGACGUGUAUGUAUGGGUCCUUCGGACUUCCGGGUGUGUAUAAACAGAUUGCAGACGGAGUCGCCUCGCCCAAAAGAUGUCUAAAGUAACGUUUAAAAUCACCCUGACGUCGGACCCCCGGCUGCCAUACAAAGUACUAAGUGUACCAGACAGCACGCCGUUCACAGCAGUGUUGAAGUUCGCAGCUGAGGAGUUCAAAGUACCUUCAGCAACCAGUGCAAUAAUAACAAAUGAUGGAAUAGGAAUCAACCCUGCCCAGACAGCAGGAAACGUGUUUCUCAAACACGGCUCGGAGCUUCGCAUCAUUCCCAGAGACAGAGUGGGAGGACAAGGAGACUGAUGCUGCUUUUCCUCAUUGACAGCAUAAUGACUCACCCGGCAGAAUCAUAUAACACUUGAGACCCAGGAAACACCUCAGCGUGUGUCAUAUUUAUUUUUUUUCUGGCCCACAACUGACAGUGACUCACACGAGAAUAUAUAUAUAUAUAUAUUUAAACUUGAUGAUGACAUGCACACACACUUGCAUGCCCCCCCUGCGUCUUCAUUCUCAGUUAAGUUUUUUCUGUAAGUGUAAUUGCAUCAAAAGAUUGGAGUGACAUCAAGAGUUUCCAGAGGUACUGAGUAAUUAAUGUACACAAACACAGCAGCGGCAUCAUGGGAAACAUUUUGGCAAAGAUUAACAAACAAGUGAUUCAGCAGUUCUAGCUUUUGUAUCUUUGUAAAUGACAAUAAAUCAGUACGACUAACAACAACACACGCCUAUGUUGCAAUGUUUACCUUUAUCUGUAUUAGCAUUGUGAACGUCAGAGGUCGUGAAGUAUAUGUAGAACAUUUUUAAGGACCACUGUCACAACACAUGAUAAAUAAAGUUGCAUCAUGGAUCUGUAUUGAA